AUGGAUCACCAAGACCCGUUCAACGUCUUCAACCAUUCCUCCCCUCAGAGCGGCCUGACAUCCAGUAUCUGGAACCCUGCUCCUACUCCCACGAGGUCUGACAUGUCCGAUGACAUUCAUCAAGUCUCAACUCGCGACCUCAUGGGCCCCAGCACUAUCCCAGUCGGCAACUCCCGGGCCCAAGGUGGCAACUUGGUUGGAAUGUCAUCUUCUCUGGCAGCUGACCUCGGCACUCUCAACAUGGGCACUCACCACUGGCCUCGCAAUGAAGUACAUGUCCAGCCUGGCUCUGGAGCAGAAGGGGUUAGAGUCGUGGUCAACCAGGACAUAUUGGACAACUCGUAUGCCUUCUUCCUCGACCGAGGCAACGGCCAAGUUACUCGCCUGAUCCCGGCCGAUAUGCUCCCUCCUCUGAGAGACAUCCGCGCAACCGAGCCGGCGGCUGCAGGUAUGGCCAUCCUUUGCCAGCCGUCGGGUCGUCCUCCUCGUGGAGAGCCGGCCAUCUCCUCUCCUGUCCAACUACAAAACCUGCAAAACCUGGCUGGUGAUGCUCACUGGGCCACUGGCCGAUAUGGUCAUCCUUUUUCGGAUGAGGUCCAG